UCUCCGACUCUUUAUAUUAAUUUUCCAUUUAUUGUUAAAGGCAGCACUUAGCAGCAUCGGCAUCAUUUUCUACGCAUGUGAAUUAUCGGCGACUGGCCAUUUGCGUCUUGUUAUAACUCAUACUAAUUUAAAAACUCAUUUAUUCAUUCUAUAGUUCGUCGUUGUUCGUACUAGUUCUUACUUGAUCUCAUCUUCGUACUUUCUUUAUAAUUUAGAUACUAUUACUUACCCUUCAUCUUAAUAGUGGUGGUCCAAACUAGUUAAGAUAAGUGACGCUUUGUAAUCAAUAAUAUUUCUGAGAGCAAAAAUGUCAUACAACCGUGGAGUUAAACGCAAUUCCAGUGGGAAUCGUAGUUUUAGUCGUAACAGCGGAGGAGGUAAUUCUGGAUAUAGUGGAAUUGGCAUGGGGGGUGGAAGUUCUGGAAGUCACGGAAUGAAUCCAUGGGAGAGCGGUGUAAUGCCUGGUCGUGGUAUUUUACCUACUCCAAGUAACAAUCUUUCGUUAAAUUCACCGCAAGCUCAACUAGUAAUUGCUAGUAAUCUUCUUAGUAACCUCCUGAGAAGUCAACAAGAUACACAACCUCAGGUUCCAUCACUUUUGAGUUUAGGAACGAGUUUGAAUGGGCCAGGUUCAAAUUUCCGAAGCUCGCAGAGUUAUUCAAGCAAUCGUUAUAGUGAUAGACAGGGACGAGGAAAUUUGAAAAGCCAACGUUCGCAACCUUAUAGCAAGAUGGGCAAUCGUGCUCGCGAUGGUAUCGCUGGUCGACGUGGCCCAUCAUCCGCACAACAAUCUCGUGCGCAGUCUGGCAACCAACGUAAUAAUGGAAAUCAACAUCGCAACGAUAAAUCUAAAUCAAAUUCUGACUCUAAAAAAAAUCAGACUGGCAAAAAGGAACAGCAGGAUCUUAAGACUUCUGAUAAUGAGAAAGCAGAUACGCAGCCUAUUGCGAAAAGCGAUGAAAAUAAAAAAACCGAAGACAUAAAAAUAGAACAAAAUGAUGAAGAAAAAGAAAAAGGUGAAGUAACUCCAACUGAAGCUACUGAAAAUGAUGAUAAGCCUAUGAAUGAUUCGACUAAAGAAGCUGAAGAGACUAAUAAAACUAAUUCAUCACCUAAAAAAACGGAAGAAUCGGCACCAGCAGGAAAAAAAUCUGAGACACGACAUGCUGAAAGUCGAUAUGCAGCUGUGCCAAUUAAUCAAAUGUUUUGUCAUGUUUGUAAUAAACAUAUGUGGGAUGGAUUCUCAUUUGAAAAUCAUCUUCGGGGUCGAGCACAUCAGCUUAUGAUGGACAAGUUGGAUGAAUCAUACAAGCUAAGAGUUGAUUUUAUGAGACAUGAACUAAAAGUUGCUGAAGAACAACGAGAAUUAAGUCUACAUAACUCAAAACGUCGCGGAAAAAAAGUUUCUGUAGAUUUGAGUGUUCGAGAAUAUUGUACCAUGUGUGAUUUACAUUUCUAUGGUACUUUAUCAACUCAUAGAAAGAGUGAGAAGCAUCAGCAAUUAAAAAUUUUUUUACAUCCUCGUUGCACUUCUUGUGCCAAGGAGUUCCCAUCACGUAUAGAAUACGAUGAACAUUGUUUGACACCAGGUCAUAUGGUUAAUUCCGUUCAAAUUGAAGAGCAAAAAAAAACAAAGAAAAAUAAAUUAGCUAAAGGGGAAUCGGAAGUUCGUACAGCAGAAGAUGAAGAUAAAGAUUCUGGAUCUGAUCCAAAAUCCAAUGAAAAUGAUGAUGAACUUCCAGAAAAUACUGAAUAUAUUACAGAUAUAAAAGAAGAUGUUGAUUUGACAAAAUAUAAAGUACCAUCUUACAAGUAUUGUCGUCAGAAUCAAUUAAAAAUUGGAGCUUCACUGGUUAAGGAAGUGCAGGGUUACCAUUGCGACAAGUGUCGACGAUUUAUGCUUACGGAAGAAGAUAUGAAUUCUCAUUUACGUACUGUGACACAUUAUCGAAAUUUUGUUUCUGAAUUAAAAGCUUUGACUACUCCAAUAACUGCUGAAAGUAAUAAUGAAAAACCUACUGACGAAUCUAUUACUCAAGAAAAUGAACCAAAAGUUAAUGAUGAAGUUGAAAUAGAAAGUAAGCGACGAAAAUUAGAUGAUUCCAUGACUGUUGAAUCGGAGGAUAUCAUAAAAGACGAUCCAUUGAAUGACACUGAAGAUACUUCUGAAAUUUCUUCUACCCAGGAAAAAGAAAAGCAAAAAGAAGAUGGUAAUGAUAAGUAUGAUCCUAUGGAAGCAAGUAUAGAGUCAGAAGAAGAAAAUAUUGAAUCCAAAACUGAUAAAAAAGAUGAAAAAGAAAAUGAUAAAAAUGACAAAGAAGAUGGCAAAAAUGAUAAAAAUGAAAAAGAAACUGUUAAAAAUGAUGUAAAUGAAAAGGAAACUAUUAAAAAAGAUAAAAAUGAAAAGGAAGCUACAGCAAAUACAGAAAACGAUAAUGAAAAAUCAAUAGAAGCAUGGGAAGAUGGUGAUAAUGAAGCGGAGUUUGGAUUUGGAAAUUUACUUGGUGAUGAUAAUGAAGAUCAAGAACCGGAAAAUCUACCAGUAGUUCAGCAAAAACAGCCACAACAGAAAACUCAAACUCCUCAACCAUCACCACAAAAUCAAUCAUCACAACCAACAGUAAGUGUUGAUGUAACUUCAGUUAAGUUAAACAAUUCUCAAGAUAAAGGAACACCAAGAGGUCGGGGUUACCGUGGAAGAGGUCAUCAACGUGCGCGACGAUCACGUCGAUAAUUUUUUUUUUUAAUCAUAAUAAUAUAAUAUUCAAUUAUUAUUUCUUCUAUAAUGACUGUAAUGAAUUAUAUACUUAACAAAUUUUUAAAUGAUUUUUUUAUCAUUGAAAAGUAAAUUUAAAAAAGAAAAAAAAAAUUGUUCAAAUAAUCAAUUGUUUAAUUUAAUUAUGUAAUAGUAAUUAAUAAUUAUAAAUUUUUGACACACAAUAAAAAAAUUAAAUGCAUAAAAUUGAAUUAUCUAUCAGA